UAACCGCCGUUGAUGUCCCUUCCGAAGAAAAAUCAUGCCCUCCUGCACCCAUCAAACGGUGGAAAAUCGAAGUUAUCUAUCCACGUGUGAUGUACCAGAUCACAGAUGCAAUGAAUAGUACGCCAUAGUUGCAACUAUAUCUGAAGAAAGAACCAUCUGUUCUUUGUUAUGGUCUUACUACCAAAGACAGAACCAAAGAAAACCCAUAAAAGGCCAAAAGAAUUACUAUUAAAAGAAGGGUUUUUUCCUUUCUUAAUUUGGAAGCUCCAUUGAAGCCAAACAAACGCCCAAGACCUCCUCAACCCAGAUGCAACCGACACCUGCCGGUACAAGUGGCAGUGGUGGUGAACUGAGUCGAGGUGGACUCGCCCGAUUCCGCUCAGCUCCGGCCACCUGGUUAGAGGCACUACUCGAGGGAGAAGAAGAAGAAGACGACCCGUUAAAGCCCAACCAGAGCUUAACUCAGUUACUUGCAGGUUCCAACUCUUCCACACCCACUUCCAGAGGAGACUCUGCAAGCUUUGCUUCGUCGGCCGAUCCGGGGCUGUUUGAGUCCGGCUCCUCCGCCGGGUUCUUCAGGCAGAACAGCUCUCCGGCUGAGUUUCUAGGGAAUUCCGGUGUUGGGUCUGAUGGGUACUUCUCCAACUUUGGUAUUCCACCAAAUUACAACUUUGUGUCGCAGAGUAUUGACUCUCCUCCGGGGAGUAAGCGGGCGAGGGAGGUGGAAGCACACCACUUGACUGCAGCAAAAUUUCCUUCUCAGCUGAAAGAGGAGCAAGGUGGUUUGAUAGAUAUGGAGAUGGAAAAGCUUUUGGAGGAUUCAGUUCCUUGCCGGGUUCGGGCAAAACGUGGUUGUGCUACGCAUCCUCGAAGCAUUGCUGAGAGGGUUCGAAGGACUAGAAUAAGCGACCGCAUAAGGAAACUUCAGGAGCUGGUGCCCAACAUGGAUAAGCAAACAAACACCGCAGAUAUGUUAGAAGAGGCAGUAGAGUAUGUUAAGUUUCUUCAAAAUCAGAUUCAGGCAAAUGACUAGAUGGUAAGAGGUAUGAGAUUGAAAAGAAUAAAUAGGAAAUACAAUUGGACUGGAUAUGAUGUUUAACUGAAGUGCAAAACGGAAGGCAUAUUUUUCACAAAUUGAACAUCCCGGACAUGGCAGGAACUUUCUGAGCAUCAACGGAAAUGCAAAUGCGUAGUCAAAGAUUAAGCAGAAGAAGAAAUUAAAAAUGGUUCCCCCAAUCAUGUGUAAUGAUCUGAUUUUGAGGUCCCAAGGUUCAUCAUGGUAAAUUUGCAAUUAAUAUCCUCCGUUCUCUUAGCUAUUCACCUUGUAAUUACAAGAUCCAGUACUUCUCUUCGAUAUGUAGAUUUCAGGUUCCAUAGGUUUAAGAUCAGGACUAUCUGCUUCAUCUUGGCAAAACUCGCUCUUCGAAGUCUUCUUAGUAUGGUUGUACUUUCUACUGAAAAAAAAAAAAAGUGGUAGUAGCAAAAUAAUGUACACAUUAAUAUAUUUUUUCAAUUGUUGCUCCAUAGGCUUCCUUAUUUAGGAUACAUGUUUUUCAUAUUCACACUGUAUUUGGAAAAUAUGUAUUUUCAUAGUUUACUUAUCAAGAAGCUAUGGGAUGGAUAAGAUCUUUUUUA